AUAUUCAUAGUAGUCCAUCGUUCUCUCUUAGGUAGGUAAUUAAAGAAAAAAUGGUGAAGUUGGCUUUUGGUAGCAUUGGUGACUCAUUCAGUCUUGAGUCCUUGAAGUGUUAUUUGGCUGAAUUUAUUGCUACUCUCCUUUUUGUUUUUGCUGGUGUUGGAUCUGCUAUCGCCUAUGAUAAGUUGACAAAGGAUGCAGCUCUAGACCCUGCAGGGCUGGUGGCUGUAGCCGUGGCUCAUGCCUUUGCCCUAUUUGUAGGGGUGUCCAUAGCUGCCAACAUCUCCGGUGGCCACUUGAACCCUGCCGUUACUCUUGGAUUGGCCGUGGGAGGUAACAUCACCAUCCUAACCGGCAUUUUCUAUUGGAUUGCCCAAUGCCUUGGCUCCAUUGUCGCCUGCUUUCUCCUCAAAUUUGUCACCAAUGGCUUGAGCAUUCCUACUCAUGGAGUUGCCUCAGGAAUGAAUGCCUUAGAGGGGGUGGUAAUGGAGAUUGUCAUAACCUUUGCCUUGGUCUACACCGUGUAUGCCACGGCUGCUGAUCCUAAGAAGGGGUCAAUAGGUAUAAUUGCACCAAUUGCAAUUGGGUUCAUCGUUGGAGCCAAUAUUCUGGCCGCCGGUCCGUUCAGUGGCGGUUCUAUGAACCCGGCUCGCUCCUUCGGCCCGGCCGUUGUCAGUGGGAACUUUGCCGACAACUGGAUCUAUUGGGUCGGACCACUGAUUGGAGGGGGGCUGGCUGGGCUAAUUUAUGGUGACGUUUUUAUUGGGUCUUAUGCCCCAGUCGCUGCUUCUGGAGAAUAUGUUUAAGAAUUCUCAAUUCUAUGUUUUGGGCUUUUGCGUUUGUCCAGUUUGAUUUCCUGCUUCUGGGUUUGAGCCUUUUUCUGGUUUAAAGAGCUGCCCGCACUUGUUAAUAAAAAAAUGUAAAUAAA